AUGGCCGCUUCCACUUUCUCAAACACACCUGUUGAUUUCUUCUACCAAUCGACCAAUGGCCGUGUGGGCCACAACGGCAACGGUGGUCGCUGCGUCGUGCAGAAGAAAUUCGACGCCUCCGCCGAGCUGGUGAUGGAAAGGGCAAGGGCUCGCUUGUCAUGGCUUCUUGCACUCUCCAGAAGAACUAAGAUUGCCUUUUGA